AUGCGAGAUGCACUGAGUGCUGAAUUUCAACUGCUAAAGCAAGGUGAAAAGAUGAAUGUAGCUGAGUAUGCUACUGAAUUUACAAGGUUAUCCCCAUAUGCUUCGCAUUUGGUGGAUAGUGAAGAGAAGAAGACAAGGAGGUUUGAAGAUGGAUUGAGGCCAGAUAUUGCGGCAGCAAUUAAACCUAUGAGGUUGGAAAUGUAUGCACAAGUGUUUGAUCGAGCGGUGAUAGUGGAGCAAGGGAAAAUAUCUCUCCGCCAGUUUCAUGAUAAUAAAAGGAAGGUAGGGACAAGUGGAGGAAACAACUACAAUAACAGUAACAAGAAACCGAACGCUGGGAAUGGAAGUCAGGGGAAUAAGCAAAAUAGGAAUUCAAGGGGAGGAGUACCCAAAUGUACAACUUGCGGGAAGAAUCACUACGGGGCUUGCCGAGGCAACAAUCUAGGGUGUUUCAACUAUGGACAACAAGGUCACAUUUGGAAGGAUUGCCCAAAGCUGACAGGGGCAAAUGCAAUAUCCGGCAACCGCAAUAACCAUCAGGCCAAUCCGAACCACACGCAGGGGCAGAAUCGAAACAACAAUCAGGGACAAGUGGCUAACAACCAACAGCAAGGAAGGGCAUUUGCAUUAGUACCAGGAGAUGCCAGGAAUGUGGAAGCUGUGGUGGCAGGGGACCAUCAAUUACCCGUCGAUCUAGUACUUAUGGACAUAGGGCAUUUUGACGUUAUUCUCAGCAUGGAUUGGCUAUCCAAGAACUUCGCAACAAUCGACUGUAAUCGGAAGAUUGUGGACUUUCGAGAUCCGAGUCGAGAGAAGUUUCAAUUCAAAGGGAGCGAAAUAAUCGUACCACCCUAUUUAAUCUCUGCCAUUAGUGCCCGACAUCUUUUGAGACGUAAGUGCGUGGGAUACCUAUGUAAUGUGAUUGAUACAAUCGCAUCUAGUCCCACGAUGUCUGACAUUCCCAUAGUUUGCGAUUUUCCGGAGGUAUUUCCAGAAGACCUUCCAGGAACCCCUAUUGAAUGA